UUAAGUUUCGCUUUUACUUGAGAAGCUUCGUCCCCAGGUAAUGAGUUAGUUGUGGUUUCCGCUAUGAAACCUUUUCAGUGCACAGAUUGCUCGAAGCGGUUUAAAACAGAUAAUAGCCGUGCUGAUCAUCAAAAAGCCGUACAUGGUGGGCCAGUCAUGGCUUCGCGAUCAGUGAAACCUUUUCCUUGUACGGUCUGCUGGAAGCGGUUUACCACAGAUAAAGGCCGAGAGGAUCAUAUGAAAAACCCAAGCAAAAAGCAUGAGAAAACGAUAGGUAACAUCCAUCAAUUAUAAAACUUUUACAUACUCUGUCAAUACGUACCCAAGUCCUUAUAGUACGGUGCGAAGAGUAAGCUUUAAUACAUGUAGUAGUACUGCCAGCCUUGCAUUCAGUUUUGUUUACACGUGCUUUUGCAAAAGCCUUUGUGCAACGGACGCAAGCUGAAAGUGCUCUUUUGCAUUCUUGAGCAAUAGUUUUGUUAGCCUGCGUCGCAGACAGUCUAAAUCCCUGAUAUAGACAAUAUCGAGUUCUCUACCUGGGUCUCGUGUGACAAGUUCGGCUACAACGCAGGCUAUUGCCCGUACUUUGGAAAAUCCAAGGCACGUGAGGGAAAGGUCCUAUCACUUCCAGAUAUAGUCUCCUUCGCAGCCGUUAUUAGGGUCGUCACGCAACGCUCCUCCCCACUAGUGGGGAGGAGCGUUGCGUGACGACCCUAAUAACGGCUUCGAAGGAGACUAUUCCGGAUAGCGUCCGUCGCUGAAAAGCGCCUUAGCUUGCCUUUCUUUCCGAAGGAGAAAAGUUGCAUAUCUUGCAUAACUUUCUAUACUCCCAGAUAUAAACUUCCUUGGUACCUUGGUGUUUUUCAAGUCCCACUGGAUUGAAUCGAAACUGAAAGCAAAAUUGCUUCCCACAGGCUAUGACGUAAUUUUUUGGUUGCUAAUUAGGUUAGGUGGGGAAGGGUUGUUAAGCUGAGGGAGGUGUGGAUGAAACGGUUCAAAUUUCAUUCAUUUUGUUUCACAAUAAUGGUCGUGCAAGGGUGAGGACAAAACAUGGACCAGGGGUCCAUGGACCCCCUCUUUGGACCGGGUCCAUGGACCACUUCAUGGACCGGGUCCAUCGACCCCCUGUCAUGGACCAGGUCCAUGGACAGUUUUUUUUAGUUUUAUAAGAAGGUUUUGCACCAGGUCCAUGGACACUCAUAAACAGAAAUAGUGCCAAAAAAAAGAUUUGACGAGACGCUGUCGACCAUUGCUCACGAUUGAUCACAAAUAUUUAGUUGUGCUUGCAUGACGAACACUCUGCUUGCACAUGUGCAGUCGCAAGACUGUUAAAUUAAGUUAAUUCAAAAGUUAUCACCAAGGGAGGAAUUACAUGCUCCGGUAAAAAGACUCGCAUCACCCUUAGAAAAACAAGCUGGAGUUAAGAAUUCAUUGCUUUUAGAGCAAUCAUGACUGAGUCACAUCGCAAUUCUCCAUAGUUGAUGUAGCUUCAGUUUAAGCUACAAUCUAUGCCACUUCUUCUUCUUCUUGAUCUGUAAAUCACUAUCUGUGAGAAUUUAUAAUCGUCCUGCUAAAAGCGCUAAGGAGCUGGGCCCAGCGUGACAAAACAUUGCAGGAAAAAGUGACAUUCAUGGACAAAAAGAAAGUGGCUUAGAAUUUUUAAGAACCAGGAUGCACUUUGGAGAAGUUAUACAACCUAAAACCCUUUAAUCAGCCGUAAUAAACAGCUUUACAUUUAAAAGAGGUAGAAAAUCAAUAUGUGUGUCACGACCUCUCAGCAUGAAAUAAGCGGCAAAAAUUCACAUUUGCUCAGUCAAAAGGUUUUCCUCCGAAGCAUAAUCUACUCAUCAGAGAAAAAAAUUCAUUGGAACAAGCAUCAUUUUGGCAUGAGGUACCGACUCCCCCCCCUUUUUUUACACUAUGUGAGCACAAUUAAACAUUACUGAUUAAUCAAGCAUUGUUUGUUGUUGUUGUUGUUUUUUAACCUUAUUUUUACACUAUUUCUGUUUUUGUUCAUUUCUCAUUAUUAAAAAAAACUGUCCAUGGACCCGGUCCAUGACAGGGGGUCCAUGGACCUGGUCCAAAGUGGGGGUCCAUGGACCCCUGGUCCAUGUUUUGUCCUCACCCGUCGUGCAAAAUAUUGUACUACGGAAUCUAGAAAAAUAACUGGGUUUAACAGAAGCCAAACAAUGUAGAAAUAUAUGAAAUUUACGUCGAUUUAAGAAAUAAUGAUAAUCGUCAAUAUACUAAUGGAGAUUAGAUUGAGGCUUUCUUUGUAUGUUGGUUUAUUUCUCCGUAAAAAAUUUUCUUCGAUGGAAGGUUCCUUUAAGCGAUUUUCAUUUUGCCUGCCCCGCAACACACUACUGCACACCACUACACGUUUGAGGGAGAAAGUUUUAGUUUAAUGGCCGUUUUUAUGCUAGAGACGUUAAAUAAGCAGGCAGACGACUUUAACGUCUGACGACUUUAACGUCUUCUGCUAAGUGCGUCCGAACGACGCACUUAACAGACGACUUUAACGUCUCUAGCAUAAAAACGGCCAAUUUGGGUUUCCAAUUCUGUCAUGGUCUGUUUGUAAGCUAUGGUCUUCCUGUAUGCUAAUAAAAGUUCUUGUCAAGGUGACAUGUUGGACAAUUGAUCUAUAAAAUUCGUAACGAAUUAAAGUAACUUAAUUUUUUCGCGUUUCAGGUGAUAUAUCUUGUUCAAAUCCAUUUUGUAAACGUAAAUUUCAGUCUCAGAACAAGUUUACCCCCAGCGCCCUAAAGCAACAUUUGAAAAACCCAGGCAACUGGCAUGAGAGGAAAGGUAACAUUAGCAAUGAUAAAACUUUUACAUAAACGUUUAUUUAUACUCGAGUCCUAAUGUUCGGCAUGAUGAGUCAAUGAGUCAUUUAAACCGAAAAAAGAAUCCCUGAAUGCUAACCAUUAUCGAGUCAGUGUUUAACCCUGAUGCCUAAAAACUAUAGACACUCUGUAUGGGUAUUUAUGACGAAAUCGCCGAUCCUUUAUUCAACCUUUAUUCAAAAAUUUAUAGUCCUGCAACGGGGUUACCAUCACAAUUAAGUAGUGUUAAGCGGGUUGAAUUUUACUGAAAAUGUAAGGGCUUUCUUUCCCCAGGGACAAAGGGGUAGGUGGGCAGUUUCCCAGAUACCUAAAUUGAUCUUUUGUCAUUCAUGGUAAGUUUCAAAACGAAUAAGAAUGUGUGACAGGCAUUCUAAACAAAAUGAACUAGACAACCGUGACAGAUCCAUUCUAUGAAUAAGUUGCUACACUAGUCUUCCUGGUCGUGAUUCCGUUCGCUGUGGAUUCUGAAAGCAUCUCUAAAGUGAUGUUCCCAUACCUCGUACUUCCUUUAGAAGGCCAGCAUUGUGGGUAGACCUAAAAGUAGUUCAUAAAAUUCACGACAAAGGACAUUCAUGUAAACGUAAAAUUCGACUAAACCUGACCCUGAAAUCAUUACUAAUCGUCGUCAUCGCCGUCUUUGUUGUCGUUUUUGUUUGGCUGUUUUACGUUGCUGUUUAUUCACAGGCAGGCUGGUGAUGUAAAGGAAAUUCUUCAAGAUAUUGAACGCAGCCUCGACAGCCUCGCAUGGCCUUUUCCUUGGGCAGUCCUGCUACCUCACAACCAUUUCGCUGAAUUGUUUAAUUGUUUGUUUAGUUUCAGAUGAUAUAAGAGAGAAUUCUAGCCUGGAUUUGAAUAAAUUCAUAUGUGAUGAGCUACAGCCAAAUGAAGAAUUUCAUCGUCUGUUUAAUGAUGCUUUUAAUUCAUUGUACCGAAAACUUCAGACAGACUUGCAGGAUACAGAGUAUGCAACAGAGAGUACAAUUCAUGACCUGAUUAAAGUUGGUGGUAAGACAGCCCCCCGAAAACUUCAGACAGACUUGCAGGAUACAGAGUAUGCAACAGAGAAUACAAUUCAUAACCUGAUUAAGGCUGGUGGUCAGACAGCUCCCCGAAAACCUCAGACAGACUUGCAGGAUACAGAGUAUGCAACAGAGAAUACAAUUCAUAACCUGAUUAAGGUUGGUGGUCAGACAGCCCCCCUCCCCUCGCCCGAAAAGCGGGUGGUUGAGAAAGACGCCGGGAAAAAGUGUCGUUGUAGAUGUCGUUAAUUUUCACCAAUAUCCCUAGAAGAUACUGGAUAUUUUAAAAAGGACGUAGCACACUAAACAAUUAUUGGAUGAGGUUGAGCAUGAUAUCAUGCCAUCAAAACCGAGGUCUGUGUUAUCUGCCGAAGCCGAAGGCUGAGGCAGAUAAUACAGACACGAGGUUUUGAUAAUUCAUGAUAUCAUGCGAAAGCCGAAUUCAAUAAUUAUUUUAUUCUACAUUUUUCAUAAUUCAUCCUCAGAAACAGAAGCGAAGCGUUCAGCCAUUCUGUUUCUGAGGAGAACACUCCAAGGGGCUUGGUAACCAGGCAGACCUUGAACUUGACAUGAUAAAUGCAAUAUCUGCAGCAGAUAUUGCAUUUAUCAUGUCAAGUUCACAAGCUAUUGUAAAUUGAUUGAAUGCUCUCGACCAAUCAGAUUUUUCAUAGCGUGUACCUGAUGUAUAAUAAUCACAUUUAAUUGUAGAAAUGUCAAGUGAAAAUUAAAAGACAGAUACUUCUAGAUUAUAAAUCAGAACGUAACGUAACAAAUCAUAGCCUAAAUAGAGCAUGCGUUUUACUUAUACUCCUACAACACGUUAAUAGCAAAUCCAAAAUUCAAUGUUUCGGACGCCGUUGACGGCUUUUUUCCCGACUUUUUAAGGGCUCAAAACAUGGUUCGAGUUAUCCAGGGCAAAAUUAUAUAGAAAAUGACCUGAGGGGAAACAAAAAUUGGUUCGAGUUAUCGAGGGUUCGAGUUACUGAGGGUAAAAUUACAGUGAAUGUAUGACAGAAAUCCAGGGAAAUCGCAUUUGGUUCGAGUUAGCGCGAGGUUCGAGUUAGCGAGGGUUCGAGUUAUCGGGAGUCAAAUAACUACUAUGACCUCGGUCAUCUAACAUGUAAACACUUCCUGAAAGUACAAGAUAAACUAAGUCGUUCCACUAAUACAUGUAUUGGUUCCCUCUCCUUCCCUCAAUAAUGUUUCGUGGGUUUGGUUGGGCAUAAACGUCUUCAAAAUCAAUAUUGAUGGGGAAGGGGAAAAAAAAUUUGCAAGUGUUUUAACAAUUAUGACCGGGAUGUAGCUUUCAUACAAAAUCGUUGAUUCGACCACUAAAAGUUAAGAUAAGCGUAUCCGGCAGCCUAGUCCCUAGGCGUUCUCGGCUCGGUCAAUCCUGGACUCUAUCGUGAGCUGUGACGUCACCAAGAGAUACACGCCGAGAACGCGUUCUCUCGCCCGUUCUUUCCCAGACUUCGCGCGGACAACGAGGCAAGAGAGACGCCUAGGGACUAGGCUGCGUAUCCGGUACUUUUGCCCUGGAGUCUCCUUGCUAGACCUAGGGUCACCGUUGUCGUGUGGUCUCGUCAGUGUAGCACGAAAGCGAUAAAAAAUGCUGUAAGUAGAUCCUACACGCCUACAUUGUCUUUGUAGGGUGGAUCCAUAGGAAAAGGCACUGCAAUAAAAAAUGACGCCGACCUGGAUUGCGUGAUGGUCAUGAAUAGCAUUGACAACGCUUCACAGUUGAGAAAGAAACUACCCGCCAUCAAGCGUAAGCUUGAGUCAUGCUUGAGGGGCAGCAUAGGGGGCUCAUGGAAAUUGGCUUCUGAGCAGAAGGAAACGCGGUUCUCCUUGCAGUUUAGCAUGUCACGUUACCCAGGGGAGACUGUUGAGGUUGAUCUCUUGCCAACAUUUGAAGCAAACGUACGGAACAUCGAUGGUACGUACGUAACCGGAAGAGUUGCAACUUUGAGUUACUCAUAGAGUAGUUAGUGCACGGCUUUUUGAAUGGGAAGCCCCUUGAAGAAAUUCCCAGUUAACUCAACUUUCAUAACCCAACCUAACUAAACUCAUCGUACAACUGCUUUUUACCUUAUGUUAUUAUUCACCUGGUUUUCAAUAAGUCCGCAAAAUGUGCAAAAUCAGCUAAAGCUUUGUUUCGUUUUCCCUUUUUGGUCAAAUUAAUAUAUGCUUCCAGUAGGGCAAUCUCUCUUUUUUACUAGUUAUUGCAAUAUUGAUCAUAUUCAUUAUUUCAUCUUCAUCGCUUAUACUUCUCUCAUACCAUUCUAAAUUCUUGCUCUUUCCAUAAUUUGAAGAAAGGUUAUCAGUGCACUAGUACUUAGCAAACUCUACUACCGUCUAGCGUUUGGUCUAGUACAACGAAUAAGAAUAUUAAUAAAUUACAGCUUUGUAAAACUUCGCAGCUAGGGUCUUAACUCGUUUGUGUAAAUUUUAUCACAUCACUCCCGUUCUUAGAGAACUAAAAUGGCUACCUGUCUCAUCCAGGGAUGGCAUACUGGCUGAAAGGAACUGGCUCCAGACUAUCCGGCUAAAAAAUUUAAAACGAGGUCCCAAAUUCACAACAGAGACACGCGCAACAAGAAUAAGAUUGACAUUUCCGGAUACAGAACUGCCGCAGCCCAAAGGACCUUUCAUUAUCGGACCGUUUCACUCAAAUCUCUACCUGGGGAACAGUUCCUGUAAUCACAGUCCCUGCAUUAGUAGGCAGUAAUCCCCCGAUCUCCACCCCGGGGUUAAACAAUUCAUUCACAUGUAGGUGCAACAGACCUACAUAACCUUUGCGCUCGGAUUAAACGACUUAAACAAUGGUCAUUGGGUUGUUAGUCAACUGCCUAUCAGCUACAAAGAUGCGUAACAAUUUUGAGAAAUUAAUCAGACAUCAGCGUUUAGUAAAAAUACGUUUAUGAUGUUGAAUCUAUUCAUUGUCUUAGAACGAGAGAGGUUUUACAGUAAUAUGGUGCUUAAGGACGAAAAGAACUGGCGAUAUUAUUCGGCUGCCCUUGUAUUGUUUCAAAGAGACUUCGUCAUUGAACGGCCUCCACUCGUAAAAAGCCUAAUUCGAUUGGUGAAGUAUUGGCGCAAGACGUUCCUUCCAAAGAAUAGUGCUAUGCCCUCCUAUCUACUGGAGCUUCUCACAAUACAUGCCUGGGAAAAUGCAAAUCGUCCAGAGAGAUUUGACAUAAAGAUUGGCUUUAAAGCUGUUAUGGAGGUUCUUAUAAAUCACCAAAGUCUUCGUGUUUCUUGGGGAGAUUACUACAGAAAGGAUUUAAUUCCAAGCAGGUACAUUCAUGGAGUGUUUUAA